AUGAGAGUGAACAGGACGCAGCCGACAUGCCUUUCGCUUUUAUUUCAAGUGCUGCUCUAUUGCACGUGCAGCUGGUGCGUUUUCUGGUUUGUCACGACCUUAUCGUUACUUAUCUUUAAGGGUGCGACUCUAUACUUUCCACCCACGGCGUUGUUCAUGGAGAUUAUUUCAGUUUUCUUGCUUCUUGUGUUGGGUAUUUCCACCCUUGCUCUCGGCAAGCGCGGAAAUCUCCUUGAAGAGGUGGGGUCUACAAGUUUGACUGUGUUUCUUUUGCUUGUGGGGAUAGGUGGUGCCGUAUAUUACAUGUGGUUACAAACGUACGUUAUGAUGCUCGAUUUUAUUGUUUCCCUUGUGAUGCUUGUCCUCGAUACACUGACGGCACUUUGUGGGGCAUGCACCGCCUUUGGCCUCUUUCGUUCCAGACGCAGCAAGUGGAACGGGAUACUGUUGGUGGGGAAAGCGCCCCCAAUCGCUGUGGUGGUCGACAUAAAACAUGGAAAAGGUGACUGA